AUGCCCAGACGAGGCUGGACACAUCGCAAUGUUGCUCUGCAAUACGUGAGAGAGAACUAUGACAAGAAUCGCAGCGCCGUUCUGUACUUUGCCGAUGACGACAACACAUAUGACAUUCGGCUAUUCAACGACUACAUCCGAAAAGUGAUGAGGAUAGGAGUGUGGGCGGUCGGAUUGGUGGGAGGCGCAUGGGUUGAAGCUCCCCACGUGUCUUCCAAAGGCAAAGUAAUCGCAUGGGACGUGAUGUUUGCUCCUGGUAGGCCAUUCGCCACCGAUAUGGCUGGAUUUGCGAUCAACAUCAGAGAACUUUUCAGAGCUCGCGAUGCCUCUUUCAACCAAAACUGCGCAAAAACCUACAAGCAAGGCCCAGAAUCGUGUUUCCUCUCGCAGUUUGGAUUCAGAAAAGAAGAUCUUGAGCCGUUUGGAUACAAGGAUUAUCCGAAGGAGAUUCUCGUAUGGCACACAAAGACAUCCAAGUCAAAAACGAGAGGACCAAAACGUGGUUAUGCCAUAGAAUCGAAUAAUUGA